AUUUUUCACUUGUUCUCCCCACUGUCUGAUCCUUUCCCGUUCCGAAACCCAGCCAGCCACCGCCGUCAGCCACUUCCGCUGUCCACAACCACUGUCUGCCUCCAUAACUUGGACCAACAAUCUCCAUGAGUCUCACUCAGCCAUUUAUCCCGUUAACUUGAAGUAAACUUCCAUUUUGAAAUUCCGAAGAUUGGUUUGCUGAGCAAUGCACAAGGCGAGAUUCGCCCGCUUAAGCAUGCGAGUGAGCUAAGCUAACCAUUCGACCAGCCCAAGUUGGUUAUUAUUAUUUAUUAUUUAUCCCCAAAAGAGUUCUGGUAGCCUUCCCCUCAAGAGCCAUAGAAGUUGUCUCCAUGGCUAUGCCUACAAGGGCCCUCUUCCAGGAUUCGCUGCGAUCCAAAAGCACUCCACUCUUCAAAUUCAUGUUGUUCCUCUUUUUACUGUCUAUGGUGCUGGGACAUGAAACUGUGGAAGUGGAGCACUACCCGCUGGUUGUGAGUACUUGGCCGUUUGUUGAGGCCGUUAGAGCUGCUUGGAAGGCUGCUGAUGGUGGUUCAACAGCUGUGGAUUCUGUGGUUGAGGGUUGCUCAACUUGUGAGGAACUGAGAUGUGAUGGAACAGUUGGUCCGGGUGGAAGUCCAGACGAGAAUGGAGAAACUACAAUUGAUGCUCUGGUCAUGGAUGGGGCGACUAUGGAAGUAGGAGCUGUCGGUGCCAUGAGAUAUGUAAAGGAUGGAAUCAAGGCUGCUAGGUUAGUAAUGCAACAUACUGAGCACACAUUGCUGGUAGGAGAGAAAGCAUCGUCAUUUGCGAUAUCAAUGGGUCUUCCAGGACCCACAAACCUGAGUUCAUCAGAAUCUAUAGAGAAGUGGGCUAAAUGGAAAGCUAAUAACUGCCAACCCAAUUUCUGGAAGAAUGUCUUACCUGAAAACAGCUGUGGUCCUUAUCGCCCGACAAGUUACCUGGAGCAUACCGAUGAAACGUGCUUGAAGACUUAUCCGAUGCAAACUACUGAUUUAAGAUUUCUUGAUCUUGGUCAUCGGAUCCAUGAUACUAUAUCAAUGGCCGUUAUUGAUAGAAUGGGACAUAUUGCUGUUGGCACAUCGACUAAUGGGGCGACGUUCAAGAUUCCUGGCAGGGUAGGUGACGGUCCGAUAGUUGGAUCGUCUGCAUAUGCUAAUGAAGAAGUUGGUGCAUGCUGUGCAACUGGGGAUGGUGACAUCAUGAUGCGCUUCCUUCCAUGUUAUCAAGUUGUUGAAAGCAUGAGGUUGGGAAUGAAUCCGGAACUUGCUGCGAAAGAUGCAAUAGGGAGAAUAGCAAGAAAGUUUCCAGAUUUUAUGGGAGGCAUUGUUGCCGUUAACAAAAAGGGGGAACACGCCGGAGCUUGCCAUGGAUGGACAUUUCAAUACUCAGUGAGGAGCCCUGGAAUGAAAGAUGUGCAAGUCUUUACUGUGCUACCCUGAAAGGUAGAACACUAUUCAAUAAAUUAGCCUUACAAUAUUAAGGUUAGUUAGUAAAUUGGGGACUAAAGUGUGAAAUAUUGGAAUGUUGGAGAAUUUGGUGUUUUACUUAGAUGUGGGAGUAUUCUGCAAAUAUGCCAUACGCCAGGAGCAAAUUGCAAAUAACUAUUAUAAAGUAUUAAAAUACUUGAUUUUGAAGUUUACCACGAGUGUAAUUUCGUAA